AUGGCCUUGGAUGUGCCUGACCCAGGCGCGCAGGUGGCCUUGGGUGUGUCUGACCCAGGCGCGCAGGUGGCCUUGGAUGUGCCUGACCCACGCGGGCAGGUGGCCUUGGGUGUGUCUGACCCAGGCGCGCAGGUGGCCUUGGGUAUGUCUGACCGAGGCGCGCAGGUGGCCUUGGAUGUGCCUGACCCACGCGGGCAGGUGGCCUUGGGUGUGUCUGACCCAGGCGCGCAGGUGGCCUUGGGUAUGUCUGACCCAGGCGCGCAGGUGGCCUUGGAUGUGCAUGACCCAGGCGGGCAGGUGGCCUUGGGCGCGCAGGUGGCCUUGGGCGUGCCUGACCCAGGCGCGCAGGUGGCCUGGGGCGGCGGCAGGCAGGUGGCAGCAGAAGACAGGCUUGAGGAGGAGGGCCCGGACGGGGCCCGAGCGCGAGCCCCGGUCCCGAGCUCGCGGGAGAAGCUUCCAGAGCGCAGGCUCCUCCGAGGGAGGCACCCGCCGGGCGCAGAAGGGGCAGGCGCGCGCCCUGCUGCCAAGGCCUGCCAGCGUCGCCGUCCGUCCCCCGCGUGCUCGCGGCUGUGUCACCCCACCGUGGACCUGGGGGCGCUGCCUGGAGGGCACGGGGCCCACCCUUCCCCGAGGAGUGGGAUUCAGUCGCCCCCGCGCGCCGCUCGUCCCCUCCCUCCCGCUCCCGGACGCUCGGAGGCCCGGGGUGGGGCUCGCGCCCUCGGGGCGGGGCGUCGGGCCGCUCCCAGCCUCCCCGCACGCCGCCGCCGGCCCCGCCCCGUCCCGGUCCGGGUAGGGGGGUCCCCUCCAGCUGUCGCCGCCAGCGGUCGCCGCUCCGGGGACUGUUCUUCCAUGGCGCGCCGGGCCGCCCUCGCGCUGCUGAUCGUCGGCCUGCUGGGCGCUUUGAGGGCCGCACGGGGCCAAGAUUUUGACUUACUCGAUGCUCUUGGCGGUGAUGAAGACAAAAAACCCACCACAGCCCCCAAAAAGCCCAGUGCUGGGGAUGACUUUGACUUGAAUUUAGAAGAUGCCCUGGGUGGUGGCGGAAGCAAUGACCCAGCAGCACCGAAUCCACCCAAGCCAAGGCCAAAUCCCAAACCCAACCAGCCUGGCUCCUCCGGGGGCAUUUCAGAUGCGGAUCUCGCUGAUGGGAUUCCAGAUGGAGGAGGAGAUGAUGACAGAAGACCCAGGAAGGAUGGGGAGGAAGGUGAAGCCCCGGGUGUGAUUCCAGGGAUUGUGGGGGCCAUCGUGGUUGCCGUGGCUGGAGCCAUUUCUAGCUUUAUUGCUUACCAGAAAAAGAAGUUUUGUUUCAAAGAAAACGCAGAACAAGGUGAAGUCGACAUGGAAAACACCCGCAACACCAACGCGGAGCCACCUGUUCAGCGCACUCUUUUAGAGAAAUAGAAGAACUUCGUGACAAUGCAGACGUUCGAAGGAGGCUUGUGACACCUGCCUGAAGCUCCUCUCCUGAAAACACCUGCAUGAGGACAGAGACACUGGCUCAGGGAGUGGAGCCUUCCCGUGCCUGCCUUAGUUUUCAUUCAUGUUGGACUCUCUGUUUCCACCUUGAGAUGUGCUUUACCUGUUGCCGUGCUGGGCGGAUGAUGUUUUUACUAACAACAAGUUUUACAUCCAAGUGGGGACUUGGGCUGUGCCCUCUCCGAGGCCCUUGGGGAUUUCCUGUGUGAUGUGAAAGGCUGACCAUUACCACGUCCCUCUAUUCAAUUAUCAACCCCACCAAAGUACCCCGACCCGGAACUCUGGGCCUUCAUGAAUUACGUGUACUUGAGCACGUCUGGAACGUCCCUAGAGGCAUUGACCAUUUUUAUAAUGUGAGGUAAGACUUGCAAUUGGUUUUGUCAAUGUUUUCUUCAUUUGGGAGGAUAUAUAUAUUUUUUUCAUACCAGACUAAUAAAAAGGAAUUAGAAACCAA